AUGUUAAAUCUGUCGCAUAACAAUCUCCUUGGAUCCAUUCCGGCAUCGUUGUCCAACCUAAGUCAUAUUGAGAGUUUAGAUCUUUCCUAUAACAACUUGACCGGGAGUAUCCCCUCCGAAUUGAUUAAGUUGAACUUCUUGGAGGUCUUCAGUGUCGCCUACAACAAUUUAUCAGGUAAAACUCCAGAUUUGAAAGCUCAGUUUGCUACCUUCAGCGAGAGUAGUUACGAGGGAAAUCCUUAUAUUUGUGGACCUCCAUCACAUAACAAUUGUACUGAUGUCCGAGCACCAUCGUCAAUUCCAAAAGAUUCAGAGGAUGAGCAAAAUGAUGGUGGUUUCACUGACAUGGAUGUAUUUCAUGUGAGCUUUUUAGUGUCUUAUAUCAUGUUGUUAUUAGGAACUUUAGCAGUUCUUUAUGUGAACCCUCCUUGGCAAAGGGCAUGGCUCCAUUUGGUUGAAGCAUGGGGAUCAUUCAGUAGGUCUGGGGUUUUGAACAUGGUGAAAAAUUCAAGCCUUGAGAGAGAAGCAAAAGUUUGUAGCAUAGUGGGAACUUAUGGAUGGGUAUGGCGUAAGCACGAGAAUGCUGAAAUUAAGGAAGUUCUUAACACCAUUCCAUCAACUUUUAGGCUUGGUCUGGUUGCUAUAGAUAGUGUGAAAUGGAUGAAGAAAGAGAUCAACUAUAGAAUCAAGAUAUACUUCUGCUAUAUGGCAUCAUUUCUAAGGCUAUUUGUGUCUUUCGUAGAGGUGGGGCAGAGACACAACCAUCUCUAA